AUGUCCAUGAGACUGCGAGAUGAGGCCACCUGUCCAAUUUGUCUGGAACUUUUCUCCCGUCCCAUUUCUCUCUCCUGUGUGCACACUUUCUGCUAUAACUGCAUGCAAAUGUGGUUGCUAGAAAGUAAGGAUCUAAAAUUGACCUGCCCCAUAUGUCGAGAAGUAACUGACAAACCGCCUAUAGAGGAAUGGCAAAUUAAAACACUAACGCUUCUCACAGCACAGCACAGUUUCCUACUCGAGCAAAAUCUGCACCUGAACGAUGAGUUCCUGAAGUUCUGGGAGGAUAUGACCUUGGAUGCUGCCACCGCCAACUCCUACCUUGUCCUCUCUGAUGACCUAAGAAAAGUUCAGUGUGGGAAGAUCUGCCACAACCUGAUGGAAGACCCCCAGAGAUUCACCUAUGUGGCCUGUGUCCUGGGCACGCUGUGCUUCUCCUCUGGCUGCCAUUACUGGGAGGUAGAAGUAGAAGAGGGGAAGGAAUGGGCUCUGGGGGUCUGCAAGGAAUCAGUUGACAGAAAGAGGAAGAGCGGUUUCUCCUCUGAGCACGGCUUCUGGAUCAUCAGCAUGAAGGCAGGAGCACUCUACUUCAGCUCCAUCCCAGAAACCCGAAUUCCUGCAAACCGUGGCCUUAGCCACAUAGGAAUUUUUCUAGAUGUUGAGAUGGAAGAAAUCAAGUUUUUUGAUGUUAGAAAUGAUGCCCUCAUCUACAUACACAGAAAUUUCUCCUGUUUGGAACCUUUGCGUCCAUUCUUUUGUCCUGAGUUGCCUGGAGAAAGUGACAGUGGUGGGGCCCUGAGCAUCUGCUCAAGAGAAAUUCAUCUUACGUUACUUCCACCAUCGAAUUCUUAG